ACAGAGGAAAAGAAGAAGUGGAGGAGGAGGAGGAGGAAGAAGAGGGGAGAUGGAGAUAAGCAGCAGGGAAGCCCGAAGAAAAAAGAUCAUGGAGAGAGAAUCGGACCGAUUGGCUUUGAUCACGGGUCGGAUUCAAAGCCUGCCUGCCUCACAUUCAACAUCCAGCCAACAACCACGUCAUUGCCACACUGCCUCAACCCCAUCAUUCCCCUUCCAGGAUUAUAUCACUGCUAGUCCUGAUGGUGAACACAGUGAUGCCUUGGGUUCAAGAGGAAAUGCUGUUGGCAAGGUAGAACAUCCGUUGCGCAAGUGCGAGACGAGUGUAGAAUUUAACCGACGUCCUCCUCUGCAAGUCAGGGCCCAUAUGCAGCCAGUGUUGGUCACUUCCAUGGUCAAAGGACCAUCUUCAGAACCUCCGGGCUCUGAUUCAAGUUUAUUCACCCCUAAACAAAUAAGUUCCUGCAUCAUGGCCUCGGAGAAUACUCGAGCCAUUUCUUCAGCCAUGAUAGCCCUUCUGGUAGUUCUAUCUUAUAUUGAUUAUGCACUGUUUGGAAGAAACAUUGUAAGUUCAGAGAGCAUUAUAACCUCAAGGCCUCUUUACAUGCUCCUGCUAACUGAUGUAACAAUUGUGCUGGGACGCCUAGUUCUUGAAAAGCGAAGGGGUUUUGUGAAGGUUGAAGGAGGAGAAAGAACAAUGUUCCAAGAAGAUGCACAGACAUGGGCAGGAGCAGUGAAGGUCUUGGAGACAGGCUUAGUGGUGCACCAGUCCAUCCGUGCAAUCUUCAUUGAUUGCAGCAUCUAUGCAGUUCUUGUCGUGUGUGGCCUAUCUCUACUGUAGCUCCUUCCCUCAUCAAACAAUACACAACUUCCCCGUGGAAAGUUCUUUUUCUGUUUGAUUAUAUUUAUUCAUUUUUGUCAGAUUUAUCUGACAUUAUGCCAUUAUUGUAUGUGGUUGUUCUCAGUGUUGUUGCCGCUCUCCAAGCUCUGGAGUCACAGAACAAAAGUUGUACUGCCUUUUUGCCCAGAAAUAAAGAUGCCCCCUUGUAAUGAA